UUAUUUAAGUCCUUGUCUAACCCGCUCCACUGGCACGGACAGUGUGCCAAGUGCUGGGACAAGUCCUUCUUUCUUCACGGACCUGGAGGUCCUGCAGUUCCACCGACUGUCCAGCUUGAAGUGUCAUCGCGGCUGCAGCCUCCAGUACAGUGAGCAAAGUGUUUCCGGGUGGAAAGGUUCCAUAUUACCCAGGAGAUUCAUUGCCUCUUUUCUUGCAUAGGCCUUGUUCAAACAUAAUGCACAAUGUGUUUUUGACAGGCAAUUGCCUGUGCAUAGUGCUGCAGUAGUAUAAUGUUUUGAGAGGGGGUGGAGAAAAGGGAGGGGUGAUUGAGUAAAAGAAUCUGGUGAAGAAAGAAACUUAGCUUUUAACCUAACUGGAUCAACCUGACUAGCAACCAGCUGCAUUUGCUCUUUUGUGCUUCUCAUAAGGGGCUUCUCAUACAGGCAACAGGAGAGAGAGUAAUCAGAUAUCAUGCUCACUGUACGCAUAGGCCUUCUUCCAAUCAUAGCAGUGCUUGGAGUCCUUUUCUUUGCUGUUUUAAUCAUAAUGCGGUCUCAAAGCCACACCCUCUCCUGGUAUCCUGAGUUUCCUGGUCCAGAGUGGCUACAGGUGCCUAAUGUACCCCAAGAGACCACCUCCAGACAAAGACCAAGUCCGUGUGGCAUCCCAAAGCCCUGUCCAGAGGGGGACUUCAGCUUUUUAAUCGCCAGUGGAGCUGCUAAUGUGGUUGGACCCAAAAUCUGCAUAGAGGACAAAAUGGUUAUGGGUUAUGUGGAAAAAAAUGUAGGGUACGGAAUUAACAUUGCUGUUGUGAACGGGAAGGGUAUGAAGACAGCAUUUUUUAACAUGUAUGAUGGUGAUAUUGAAUCUCUGGUGGAGUUUCUGGAGUCUAUUGAGAAUGGAUCCAUUGUGUUGAUUGCCACCUACGACGACCCAGCUACAAAAUUGAACGAAGAAGCAAGGAAGCUUAUCAGAGAGCUUGGAAGCUCUGCUAUCCAGUCAUUAGGCUUCAGAGACAACUGGGUCUUUGUUGGAGGAAAAGGAGCAGAUGUCGAGAGUACCUUGGAGAAGCAUAUUAAAAACAAUAGAGACAAAAACAAGUAUGACUCCUGGCCAGAGAUGAUUGAAUUGCAAGGAUGCUUACCACGCUAUUUGGAGUGAUUGGUACCAAAAAAUGUUGUUAUCCUGCCAGACCCCAUAUCCACUGUAAACAUUUGCACAUGUUAUGAUGUCUGUAUUACUCUGAAAAAUGCAUGAUAAACAACAGUUUGGCCUUGUCUAUGAAGUAUUUUUUUGGCAAAAUACAGAAUUAUCUGUUUAUAACACAGAUAAUAGAGCUCGUCAUUUUGUAGUCCUACAAACUGGAAAUUAGUUACCUGUGGUUCAUUCAGACAAUUUUAUUGGGGAAUUUGAUGGGGAAAGAAUGGGGUUUUGGGAUAUAUGCCGAAAAUAAGGUCUGUGGUUAACACAGGCUUAGAAGGUCUUAUACGUUUUGUUCUAUGAGAUCAGUCUAUGAGACCUUCGGUCUCUGAGUUGGGUAAAUCAGAUUUUAGUUUUCUUGCACCUUAUUUGUGGAACAAGCUUCAAAAUAUUCUUAAAUGUGAUGUUUUGGUGCCUCAAGGGCAAUUCAGACAGCAGAUUGAGGACCUUAUUACUGAUGAAUGUGUUUUUUUUAUGACCGUGUCUUUCUAAAAGCAAUUUGUAUUUAUAUGCAUGCAUUUUCUGUAAUUCAGGGCUAGUCUGUAAAUGGGACCUUGGUCUCUGUAUGACUCCCAGAUAAAAUAAAGGUAAAAUAAAAAUCUGACAUUUCAGCAUGGAAUUAAACAUCAAGGUAGGUAUUCAGGUAACAAUCAUGUAAGUACUAAAAAAUAAACAGUGCCGAUAACAA